GCCCCUGUGUUUGUGUGCCCAACACAGUGGAUUCACACUGCUUCAGGAGCUGACACCAGUCACUGCGGAUUUCUACCAGCUGUGGACAACUUCAUACACACAGGUGCACAGGAAAGCCUUACUGAGAUGGUUCAGCAAAGCUGUGUACGCUGUCUGAAGAACACCAUGUGUUUUCUCAACUUUCUUUGCUGGCUGUGCGGUGCAUUCGUGGUAGCGUUUGGAAUCUUCAUGAUGAUGAACUCCAGGUUCAGCUCACUCAUCACCUCCUUCUGGCCAAUCUACCCAGCCAACACCCUGGUGGUCACCGGCACCAUCGUCACCUGCGUGUCUUACUUGGGUUUCCUGGGAGCCCUGCGGGAAAACCGCUGUAUGCUCAUCUCUUUUUUCAUUCUGCUCUUUAUCCUGAUGCUGGUGGAGCUAGCCAUGGCCUGCAUCAUGCUGGUGUACAACAGGGAGAUAGACACAUUCUUUGAAAAAGACCUCCUGCACAGCCUGGAAUCGUACAAGCAGUCGUCAGAAAUGGGCAACGAGACGCUCAGAGAGGACUUCGACGCUGUCCAGAGCAUUUUCAGGUGCUGUGGAGUCCACGGUGUCUCUGACUGGGAAGGACACAUACCCAUCUCAUGCUGCACUACAGACCCCUGUCUCAGCCACCCUCAGAAGAGCUGGCAAGAGGGCUGCCACAUGAAGCUGAGGAACUGGUUUGCAAGGAACUUUCUGAGCACUGGAGCUGGAGUUGUCACUAUGUUUAUCAUUCAGUCGGUCUGGGCUCGGAUACAAGUGAACACAACGCACACAGUCUGCUUCCCUGCUGUCUGUGGCCAAUCACAGAAGUGUAUCCAUUUACCAAUCACAGAAGAGAAUCUGGAUAAGCGCUUCGGAAUCGAUGGGAAACCGAAAUGGUUUGAAAAGAAAUUAAUGAAGUGUCCUGACUGUUGAUGGCACGUGAGAUUAAAGUGGAGGCAGAAAAGAAAACAAAUUGUUUUCAAACUGAUUUUAUUUAUACCCCUUGAUUAAUGAUAAAGUAGCAAAUGACCAGAAUAGCCUAUUGCUCAGUAGCCCCAGAAAUCCCCAUUAUUGUGGCCUUGUCUUGUGAAAACCUUCCUGUUCCCUGCAGUUGUGGUAUAUGUGUACAGCACAUAUCCAGAUGGAGGUACAGUGGCUCACAGUGUCCAAACUUUGAGUGUUCUGAGAAUGCAUACAGCUUUAGAGCAAAGUUUGUUUGACAAUUUUGGCACUUCACCCCCCAGAAAUGUUGUGUGAUAUUAAAAUACAAGAUGAUUUAUCUCUUUUAAGUGAAAUGUAUUGUCCCUAUAAAAAAUACAUUUAUUGUAUUAAUCAAUUUAAUUUAAUUUAAAUUUUUUUUUUUUUUUUUUUUGCUUAUUCAUCUUUUAAUUGUAUUGUCAUUAAAAUAGUCAAAAUGCAUUAAAAUAAUAAUGAUGCAGUAUGUGUUGUGUAUGAGAAUCAAAUAAAAUGAACUAAAAGAUGCUGGAAGAAGUGAUCUCUGAACUGGGGGGCACUUAAAAAAAAUGUGUCAAAACUUUGUUUUGGCUUUGGAACUGAGGAGGAAUUCACCUUUAAUAACAAACACUUGUCAUUUGUUAUUUUUUUGUUUGCAGUUCUCAGUCAGGAGGAAAAGAAAGAAGGUGGAAAAUGGUUUUAAAACUGAGUUGGGGAAGUUAUGUGUUUCUUGUGUGUCCAGUAUAUUGCUUUAUUGAAGUGCCUUAGAUAUACAAAGAAAAUGAGUCAGUUUCAUGCUGGCCAAAUCAGAGUAAAAAUGAAAAUAAGAGCACAUUAUUAUGACAAUUUUGUUUUAAAGGGUAAUUCUGCCAAACUUCCCAGGGCCCUGUUGGUAAUAUUUUCUGACUUAUCAUGCACUAUGAUAUUAUAUUGUUUGUUUAAGGAAAUCUGGGUAUAGUGUUACAGUAAAUCUUGCACUGAUGUUAAGCUAAAUCUUCAUUAUCUAUCUAGAUCUAUCUAGCUAGGCAACAUUAGCUCAGCAGUGCAGGGGCACCUGCAUGCUCUGUGAGACGGUUUGUUUUUUGCAUUAAGCCAUUGUUGUAUUCAUUUUAAUCUUAUGGAUUAUUAAUCUUAUGGAUUAUUAUUCAGGGUAACUGGAGGCUUAAUUACUGGUUCCUUUAGCCUUGCCAGCUGUCUGUUUGUCUGCAGUCACUGAUGACAAAGGUGGUCCCGCAUUUGGAAAUAAAAUAUUUGUGGUAUGAAA